GAAGACGGAAGUACAGCUAGGGAAAACCUGUUGUACUUCCUCCGAAUACCUCCUCCUCCUCCUCAGUGCAGCACUGUCGAAAACUGUUUAGCUAACUUUGUUUGAUUUGUGAGUCGUUUUUAAGUUCGACAACAUGUCGCAUAUAACAGUGAAACGUCCUGGCGUUGGGGUCGGGGUGCUGGUGAGAGACCCAGCCCGCCCAGGCUGUGUUCUCCUGGGGAAACGGAAAAGCGCAAUGGGCAACGGGACGUACCAGCUCCCAGGUGGCCACUUAGAGUUCGGAGAGACGUGGGAGGAGUGUGCUCACAGAGAGGUGUUGGAGGAAGCUGGGGUGCGUUUGGUAAAGGUCUGCUUUGCGUCAGUGGUGAACUCCAUCAGACUGGAGGAGCAGUACCACUACGUCACCAUCAUCAUGCAAGGAGAACUGGACAGGAAGCAGUCAGGAGAGCCAGAGAACCUGGAGCCAGAAAAGAAUGAAGGUUGGACAUGGACACGCUGGGACCAGUUUCCUCCAGAGGAGCAGCUCUUCUUGCCGCUAGCCGGUCUGAGACAACAAGGCUUCCAGCCAUUCAGGAACACAGUAACAAGCACUGAAACGCAGCUUUGAGACUGCCCGUCACAUUGGGAAACUUGUGUUCUUCCCCAAAGGAAGAAACAGACAUACAUACCUCUUCCAAACUCAACAUCAGGGGUUGGUUUACAUGUGCUUUUUCCUUAAACAUGUUGUUCUGUUAUGGUACAUACUGUAAAUGUUUGCCAAUAUUAAGAACUCUUAUUACAAAUGUAGUAGAAAUUUAGAAAUUCAUGACAUACUGUAAGCUGUGAAGUCAUUUAGAUUAAAAACAAAUGAUGCAACAAAUAAAAUGCAGUUUAGAGGGGAAAAUGGGCUUCACAAAUGUUAUAAACACACACACACACACACACACACACAC